UUUCACGUAUCCGUACCCAGAGCAGCAGUGUCACGUAACAGACAGCUUCCCACGGCCAACCAGGCUGGCGCAGCCGCGCAUACCACGCGACAUCUGGGCACACCGAAGGACUGGCUCUUCUCUGGGGACUGGAAGGGGCUCAGUUAUUAACAACCACUGAGCAGGCAGCACCAUGUCAGUGUGACAACCAAGCGAGUGAACGAUGCACCACUAACCACCAUGGAAACAAGGAGAAAUCAGAAGAGCUAGCAAGCAUCUCUCUCUCCCACACCCCUCUCUCUCCGCUGGAUUGUGAAUCUCAGCCAGCCAGGCAGCAACAGCGCUCUGGCAAACGUAAGGGAUCUCAGCUGGCAGCACAGAGAGUCUCUCAUGUUGUAGGAUAUCAAUAGAUACAUCUUUGUAUUAUAUCCUGUUAGACACAGACAUGCACAUAGACUCACAUACACACACAUACAUGUAUGCACACCUAUCCAGACUCUGGCUUUAAUACAAGUAUGUGGCUACCUGAACUAAGGAAUCAAAAUUACCGAGAGGCGAGAACUCCUCCAGCUCUGAAACUACUCUUAUUAUAGGGUCAUCCUGUCAUUUCUACAAACACUAAUCAAUCAUGGGACUUGAAGUUAUUACUACUAAAUAAAUGAAUUGCUUUAUCUCCAAUGACCAUCUCUACAUACUUCAUCUUCACAAAGCUUAUCAAUUUUGUGUCAUCAGGGACAGAGUGAACUUCAUUUCCACAAAAUGCCUCUUACUACUGGACAAGUUGGUUACGACUUUAUCGCUUAUCCUCAGGAAGAAAGUCAUUUGCAAUCAUCAUUCGACAAAUCCAAGUGUGUGUUGCGUCAAUUGACCGAGUCACACUGAAUUCCAAAACUAUAACUGUGGAACACUAAAGAGUCUGUUACUUUUCUGAAGAUUUGAGAUAAGAUGAAGGACAUGCAACUCAAAAUUGACUUUCUACUUUGCCUAGUUAUGACUGCAUUAGUACUAGCUGUAGAAAAAAAAGCAGAUUGCCCAGAGUCAUGUAUAUGCGAGAUCAGACCAUGGUUCACCCCCAAGUCUGUGUAUAUGGAGGCUCCAACAGUGGACUGUAAUGAUUUAGGCCUUUUUCAUUUUCCAGACAGACUGCCUGCUGACACACAAGUUCUACUCCUACAGACUAAUAAUAUUGCAAAAAUUGAACAUUCAGUAACCCUCCCAGUGAAUUUAACUGGUCUAGACUUAUCUCAGAACAAUUUAUCCACAGUUGCCAGUAUCAAUCUUAAAAAAAUACCACAGUUGCUUUCGGUGUACCUUGAAGAAAACAAACUUACUGAGCUCCCUGAAGAAUGUCUCUCUGGACUCCACAAUUUACAGGAGCUUUAUGUUAAUCAUAAUCUGCUUUCUGUGAUUGCACCGGGAGCUUUCGUAGGCCUCAAAAACCUUCUCAGACUUCAUCUCAAUUCAAAUGGUCUGCAAACGAUCAACAGGAAGUGGUUUGAAGCUACUCCUAAUCUUGAAAUUCUCAUGAUUGGAGAAAACCCAAUAAUCAGGAUUGAAGAUAUGAACUUUAAGCCUCUUAUCAAUCUGCGCAGCCUAGUUUUAGCAGGCAUAAAUCUCACUGAAAUACCAGAUAAUGCUUUGGUUGGCCUUGACAAAUUAGAAAGCAUAUCAUUUUAUGACAACAGAUUUGUCAGAGUACCCCACAUCGCUCUUCAAAAGGCUAGAAAUCUUAAAUUUCUGGAUCUAAACAAGAAUCCCAUUAACAGGAUACGACAAGGAGAUUUUAGCAAUAUGCUGCACCUAAAAGAAUUAGGAAUUAAUAACAUGCCAGAAUUGAUUUCUAUAGAUAGCCUUGCUGUUGAUAAUUUGCCAGAUUUAAGAAAAAUAGAGGCUACCAAUAACCCCAGAUUGUCGUACAUUCAUCCAAAUGCAUUCUACAGACUUCCCAAGCUGGAAUCGCUCAUGCUCAACAGCAAUGCACUGAGUGCCCUGUACCGCAAUACAAUCGAAUCCUUGCCUAACCUCAAAGAAGUGAGCAUACACAGCAAUCCCAUUAGAUGUGACUGUGUCAUCCGCUGGAUUAACAUGAAUAAAACAAACAUUCGCUUCAUGGAGCCAGAGUCUCUGUUCUGUGUGGACCCUCCUGAAUUCCAAGGCCAGAAUGUGCGACAGAUACACUUCCGGGAAAUGAUGGAAAUCUGUCUCCCUCUGAUAGCUCCUGAAAGUUUUCCAUCCACUCUGGAUUUAAAGAAUGGCAGCCAUAUUUCCUUACAUUGCAGAGCAACAGCAGAACCAGAACCUGAAAUCUACUGGAUAACACCGUCAGGACACAAACUUUUGCCUAAUACUCUUUCUAAUAAGUACUACAUUCAUUCCGAAGGAACAUUAGACAUACGUGAUGUAACACAAAAGGACAGUGGCUUGUACACAUGUAUAGCAACAAACUUAGUUGGGGCAGACCUCAAGUCAGUCAUGAUUAAAGUGGAUGGCUCUUUUCCUCAGGACAGCAGUGGAUCUUUGACUAUUAAAGUAAAAGAUAUAAAAUCUAACUCUGUUUUGGUUUCCUGGAAAGCAAGCUCUAAACUUGUGAAGUCUAGUGUUAGGUGGACAGUCUUUCUGAACGCCGAAAACUCUCAGGCUGCACAGAGCGCUCGAGUACCAUCUGAUAUAAAGGUAUAUAAUCUUACACAUCUCAAUCCAUCAACUGAAUACAAAAUUUGCCUAGAUAUUCCCACAGUCUAUUCACAGAAUAAAAAACAAUGUGUCAAUGUGACCACAAAAGGACUGGACUUGGCAGUGAAAGGCUAUGAAAAAAGCAACAUGAUAGGAUUCCUUGCCUGCAUCGGUGUUCUUCUGGGAAUCAUCUCCAUGAUAUAUCUCUACAGCUGCAUCUCACGAGAGGUGAGCUAUGAUACUGGACAUAGCUAUCUAAAGAAUCACUUGAAGAAACAGUCCUUUUCACACAGUGAGCUUUAUCCUCCUCUAAUCAGUCUUUGGGAUGUAGGAAAAGAAAAGAGCACAACAAUGGAAGUAAAAGCAACUGUAAUAGGUGUACCAACAAAUAUGUCAUAAAUACAUCAUUAUAUCUCUUCAUUUCUGAAAUAAAAAGCACAUCACUGCACUUGUGCUGAAUAAAAAGGAAACAAGUAUUACUUUUAGGAACUAGAUGCCUGGACUUUGCAACUGCUGACAAAUCAGAAUAUGUCCUGACUCAACAUAAAACAAUUUUCACUAACUGGCUUCUAAGAGGAUUCUACCAACCAAAUACAAUUAACUACAUUCUCUAGAACUUUCAUGGGACUUUUAAGUCUGGAAUACAGUGCAAAUAGCCAAGAACAAUUUCUGGGUUUUGUUUGCUUUGGGUUUUUUUGUUUUGGUUUUGGGUUUUGUUUUUUUAUUAUAAAAGUAGUGGAACUGAGCAAUACCUCCUCCUGUGCUGUAUUACACACACUAGCCAUGAGUUUUUGCAGUGAACAGAUAUACUAGGAUUGACACACGGUGUAAUGAAAUGGACGAGUUCUGUAGAGUAGACACAGUGAGUAUGUGAAUUUUUUUUAUGAGGAAAAUACAUUUUUUAUUAAAACCAAAA